CCGGCCGGAGCUCACUGUCUCCAAGAUGGCGGCCGUGUCAGUUUGGGGCAUCUCCGCGGUCCGCCCCGGGCCCCCGGGAUCCUGGCUCUCCUCCCCCCCGGCAUGAAAUGUACAUUUUUCUGCUGGGCAUGAGAUGUUCUUGAAUUCUUACAACUUUAUGAAGAGACCCAUGUAUGGUGCUAUUGCGAAAUUCAUUAGGAAGUUUGAAGACAUUUCAAAUAACAGGUUGUUUUGAUUUCUGAAGUGAAAGUGGGGAGGCAUUCUGUUUUAUGGAAGGAGGAAGGACUCGGGUCAGAAAACUUGUAUGCUAUGGUUAGCUGGUUUCCAGCUUCCGAGAAUGUUGUUUUCCAUGGUGUAAAACUUACUGAGCAUCAGGAUAAGGGAUAACGACUCUAUGGAUAUACAGAAUCCUUCACCAUGGUAAAACUCGCUAACCCGCUGUAUACUGAGUGGAUUUUGGAGGCCAUCAAAAAAGUGAAGAAGCAGAAACAACGUCCUUCAGAAGAAAGGAUAUGCAAUGCAGUGUCUUCAUCCCAUGGCUUGGAUCGUAAAACUGUUUUAGAACAAUUGGAAUUGAGUGUUAAAGAUGGAACAAUUUUAAAAGUCUCAAAUAAAGGACUCAAUUCCUAUAAAGAUCCUGAUAAUCCUGGACGAAUAGCACUUCCUAAACCUCGAAACCAUGGAAAAUUGGAUAAUAAACAAAAUGCAGAUUGGAAUAAACUGAUCAAGCGAGCAGUUGAAGGCUUGGCUGAGUCCAGUGGCUCAACUUUGAAAAGCAUUGAGCGUUUUUUGAAAGGUCAGAAGGAUGUGUCUGCAUUAUUCGGAGGCAGUGCAGCCUCUGGCUUUCACCAGCAGUUACGAUUGGCCAUUAAACGUGCCGUUGGCCACGGCAGACUCCUUAAAGAUGGACCUCUUUAUCGGCUCAACACUAAAGCAGCCAAUGUGGAUGGGAAAGAGAGUUGUGAGUCUCUUUCCUCUUUACCUCCAGUGUCACUUCUUCCACAUGAAAAGGAUAAGGUGAGAAUGAUAUAUGCCUCAGUGUUCAUAGAGCUAAUACAGAUGCUACAGAGUCACAUUUCUAGAAAAGUUAGGUAGAAGUUACAUCCAAGUUUUGUUUGGGGACUUUUGUGGAAUGACACCUCUGGUUUUUCAUUGGCAAGUUCUAGGUGUGACAACUCAGUUGAUGCUAAUUGUUCUGACACUUGAAAUAUUUUGACACCUAAGAGUCAAAGUGCUGAGUAUUGAUCUGCCAAAAAGCGUUUAUUUAGAUUUGAAUUGAAAGGUAGCAUACAACUUUAAAACUUAUAUAAAAUUACUUAACAUACCUAUUGCUCAAGUUGAUCAGCAGCCAAAUGCUGGAGAUUUUUUUCCAUUUUGUUGCAGAUUAUCAUUAGGAAUGGGACUGCUUCUCUGGACCCAUAGUAGUAGCUAUGCAAAUUUAGCAAUUCUUAAUUUCUGCUGCUUGUAUUCUGAUUUUCUGUCAUGUAUUAUUCUUUGUAUAUGAUCAGUUCUUGUUAUUUAUGACAGGUUUAAGCACAUGGGUCAGUAAUACAGUAUCCUAUAUUAGUAAAGUUCUGGGGAGUUGGUAAUUUUGAUACAUAGAUGGUAUACCUUACUGUGCUGUGUGUUUUUAUGCCAUUAUUUUGUGCAGUACUGAAAGUAUGUUGUUACAAUAAUUUUGGCCCUUAAAUAAAUA